AUGGCCAGCAACCCCUCCGCUCCAGCGGAGAAGAAGCGCUCGUACGCGGAGGUGGCGCGGCCACCCCCCAUCAACACCAACCUGGCUUGCGUCGCCCCUGGUGGCGCACCGCCCUCCUCCUCCGGUCCCGGCUCGGCCAUCUCAACCGUGGCCACCUCCCUGUCUUCCGGCUCCUGGACUCCCGGUUCGGCCACAGAGGCGACUCAGAGCGCCACCAUCCCAAAGAAGAAGAGCUGGAACUCCUCCCUUCGCGGCCAUGCAGUUGCCGUUCCUUUGCGUCCCGCCGGUCGUCAGACUGCCGUGCCAGAAGCCGCUGUGGGAUUGGGGCUGCAGUUCGACCAAGCUGACCAGACCGAUCGUGUAGUAGAACGCAAGCAUGAUGCUCUUUCCACCGAUGCCACCAUCCACCACACUUUCUCCACGAGCCCGCAUGUCAACCAAGCUGCAGACUCGAACGCGAACACGUUUCCGCUCAUUCAGUAUCCAUUCGGCUCAUCACGUGACCUGGCGAAUCAGCACCGAAUUCCUUCGAGCGACUUCACAUCAUCGACGCCGAUCAAAGCAGAAGACUCUUCCAACGUACCUAUCAGCACUGUUAAGAAAGCCGUACAUUUCAAGAACACCCACGAGGUGAGCAAUGACGCGGUUCUCAACAUGACAGUUCCAGAUGCUGUCCCCGGCCAGCUUACCCGUCCGGACUCUACCAUGAACCCUACUGCCGCCGAAGAGGGCGACUCUGAGCUUGACACGCUCAGCGACCUCACCAAAUUCGAGGAGCAGCAACACGGCACCGCUCCCAUCUUUGUAUGGAUCGAAGAAGCCCAUCACCCGCAGAGCAUCCAGAAACAACUCAGAAACAACCGCAUGCCCGAACACUUCACCGCAGCAUACCCGGGAGCAUUCAUGACCUUGAAAAGCAUCGGAAACAAAAACUUCAAGCUGGAGGCGAAUGCGCGUGUCAUCUCCAUCAGGACGGACUUCUUCUCAAACAUUCAAGCCGCUGUGCAGGGGGGCAAGUGGGCCACGGUGGACAAGGUCGGAGCCCGCAUUAUGCGUGUGUGGAAUUCUCGCAAGAGCGAAGAUGACAAGGUGUUGUUUCUUUUCUCCGUUAAUGGGUACAAGUCGUACUGCGCCCUUGCUGAGAUGUCUGGACCGUUCAUGGAGGGUGGCACCAACCUCGAGAACUUCGAGUACGGCGAAGACGGGUCGAGCGAAUGGGGGACGAUUCCAGUGACAUGGAAGUAUGUGAAGAAUGUGGCGUACCCGUGGUUCAGUGACAUCCACCACGACCACAACGACGGUCCGAUUACGAACAUGUGGAACGGCAUGCACUUCCCUACCGAAGCCGGGCGUGCAGUGAUCAAGAGAUACGUCGAGAGGCCGCAUUUCACCAAUUUGCUCUGCUGGGUCACCAAAGGGGAGUUCCUGCCUCACCGAGUCCCUACUCCGGCAAUGAUGGACCCUGACCUUGCUCCCAAAGACAGCAACAGUCAUUACGGCAACAACUAUCGUGGCAAGAAGGGUGGACGUGGACGUGGACGCGGCCAGCCCACACAGCGCCUGGCCGAGGAUGGUCGUGCAGCCACCCAUCGUUCUGAUGCCGGAUAUGACAACAACUUCCCGCCAAUGACGCAGCAGCAUGGCGCCAUGGUGCCGUGGGAAGGUCGCAACGCUCCGUACGAGCGUGGCCGCAUCAUCGGAGAAGCUCGAGACACUCAGCCGACACCCAUGCGCUCACGCUUCAAUGCGAUCCACAAGCCGCAGUUGCAGAUCACGCCACCGUCGAACUUCGAUGGCCCUGCGAGCCCGCCUCCGCGCCCAGGCCAGAUUAUGCAUCUUCCGGUUGUUGUUGACGAGCAUGGCAACUACGUCCCCAUCACUCCCGGCGGUGGUCGCCUACCGUCUAUGAGUGCUCAAGGUUCGGGCAGCACCACGCCAACCGCUUACCACCAUCCGGCCAACAGCCGCCCAAUCAACCCGGGAUUUCUAGGCAGCUUCCCACCGCAAGGCGCCCGGAACUUCAGCGGACCUACCAACUUCUCUGGAGCCCGUUCGCCGCUCGCUCCUCAGACCGUCCGUCGCAUGCAGUCUGACGUUGGCACGGCGGACGUGUUCAACACCCCGCGUCAAGUGCGCCCUGCUACCACCGUGAAUCGCAUGGGAACACCAGCUGUCGGCAUACAGUCAGGCCCGAACUACGGCGGCAACAACCAGAACGAGACCGCGCUGCAGCGUGCUGCUGGCUCGGCCAACUUUGUGCCAUCCCAUGUCGGCUUCAGCUCCCAGUACGGUCACACUCUCGUGAGCGCGUCCGAGGAGAGCGAGCAUUCCCUGCGUACCGACAACGCCCACAGCAACAACACUGCUGAAGAGGGAAGGCUUACCGCCGAGGAGAAGGAGCGCAUGUUCCACGAAGCUACCCUUCGUCUUCGCCAAGCCGAGUUCGACCUGGCCAGGAUCAACUACCAGCAAGACCCACGCCGCACGAUCGACAACAACGCCUCCGAGUACAACGGCAGCGAGCCAGGCGGCAUCCACGCAUGGGUGUCGACCUCAUCGCUUGAGAAGCGCAUGAUCAGCCCGCCGGCGAGUCUCACUCCGAGUGUUCUGGGCACCGAGGCCGAGUUCGAGGCGAGGAUCCAGAAGGAUAUUGAGAACAUCGUCGCUUCUCCGGAGGGCAGUGUGUGUGAAGAGAAGGUUCAUGAAGAGAAGAAGACGGAGACCGGUUCGAUCAGCUCGGGCACCACCAAGGACGGCGGUGUUCGUCUGCAGAAGAAGGCAUGA